UGGUUUCUUGAGUUUUUGCCAAGAUUGCAAAUGCAAUCUGUUGACUGACAAAUAAAACAAACCAUGGAUGGUAAAGUAAAAUGAACAUCAUGGAAAUGAUUGGACAAAAUAAACACAUUUUAAUGGAUAUGUGAAAAUGACAAUACAUCUUCGUAAUAACCUACCAACAUAAUUAAUGAAUCAUGUUGGCCCUGAGACUUAACAGAUGUCCACAGGGAGGGAAAUGUAAUCACCGAUAUAGUUACACAUACUUAUUACUGCAACUUAUCAACUUCAUGAGAGUUAGUUUUGCAAACCGUUGGCACCAUUCAGGCAUUCAUAACACAUUAACUUUCAUGAAAGUGACACAGACAAUGCUUGCAAAUAAAUAUUUUAACUAAAAAACGAUAUUUUAUUAGUUGACAUCAAUUUCUUAAUAAUAUUUUCAUAUUUGAUUUGUUUAACUUUUUAUUACAUUUGGGUAUAUCUUUACAGAUUUCCAGCAAGUCUUCAAAUCUGAAAUUUCAGAGAACUAUCAAAAUUUUCAGUUGAGUAAAAGGUGAUUUUAUGGCUCACCGAAAUGAUGACGGCCGCAAGGGAAAAUCGUUCGAGACAUUCAAAGAUGAAGAAGUAAAAAAUACGAAACAUAAGAAAAGAUAUCAUACAGGGGGCUAUUCCAGAAUAAAAGACUCUUCUGAGUCAAGGACACCACCACUCCCCACCAGCAUGCCCACCAUCCCCACCAUGGAGGAACUCAUCAAACAGAGGGAAAUAUUACAAGAAGAAUUAAAUAAAAUAUCAAAAAAUACUGCAGAACAUUCUAAAAACAAUAAAUCUAGAACAUAUGACAAGAAACCAAGAAACACUGAAAAUUUUAGAGAACCUCAUAAAAAACGUAAAAGUGAAAGUCAAGACAUUGAGUUGAAGGAUGAAGGUAAAAAACAACGUAAGCUUGUUGAUAGUCCCCCUCAUCAUUAUGAUGAGAAUUCAGAAGAUGAGGAAAAUAUUAUAGAAAUCAGAAGAAGACAACGGAAACAACUAUUAGAAAAACUAAAAUCUACACAUGAAGAGCAUGCAGAAAAAGUAGCUCAAAAUAUUAUUACAUCUCAUAAAACUUUCAAUGAUAAUAACGGAAAUGAUCAGGAAGCCAUUAUAAGACCAGUUAAUAAAACUAAAACUGACACUGAUGUAACCAAAAAAUCGACUGGCAUGUUUGCUGAUAUGACUAAAGCACCAACUGACAUGUUUGCUGAUGUAGAUACUUUUACACCUGAUAAUGUGCCUGCUGGCGUGACUAAAGAUAACAACAAUGACAAUCCUCAGCUGACCGCUAACUGGGACGACCCUGAUGGCUACUAUAAUAUUAGAAUUGGUGAUGUGUUGAACAACAGAUAUACUAUCAAAGAUACUUAUGGACAGGGCGUGUUUGCCAACGUAGUUCGCGCUCAAGACAAUACUGCCGCAAAUGCUGAAGUAGCCGUAAAGAUAACAAGAAAUAACGAUCUAAUGAGGAAAACUGCUUUAAAAGAAAUAGCUUUCUUAAAAGAAGUUAAUGACACAGACCCCGAUGAUAAAUAUCACUGUGUAAAGCUGUUGCGACAUUUUGUGCACAAAAGUCAUUUGUGUCUAGUAUUAGAGCCUCUUCACAUGGAUAUGCGCGGCGUUAUUAAGAAAUACGGUAGACAUGGAUUAAACUUGAAAGCGUUAGUGAGCUACAGCAGGCAGCUUCUCCUAGCGCUGAGACAUCUAAAGAAGCUUGAUAUCAUCCACGCCGAUAUAAAACCCGAUAAUAUCUUGGUAAACGAGAAGAAAAAUAUCUUGAAGCUGUGUGAUUUCGGCUCGGCGGGUAAAGUUCACGAUACGGAACCCACGCCUUAUCUAGUGUCUAGAUUUUACAGAGCCCCAGAAAUCAUUUUAGGUUUGCCAUAUUCGCACGGGGUGGACAUGUGGUCAACCGCGUGCACGAUGUACGAAAUGGCGGUAGGAAAAAUACUGUUCACAGGUGGCUCCAACAACAAAAUGUUAAAAUGCUUCAUGGACAUCAAGGGGAAAAUACCAAACAAGAUGGCGAGAAAAGGCAAAUUUAAAGACCAGCACUUUAAUUACAACCAUAAUUUCCUUCUUCACAAAAAAGAUGAAGUUACUGGAAGAGAAAAGGUAGUAGAAUACAGCAACAUCAAAGUGACUCGAGAUUUGGGGAAAGAACUUGGAAGGUCGAUAAAUGAUGAAAGAAAAGCUACACAACUCAGAGAAUUACUAGACAAAAUGCUUGCUUUGGACUCUGCUCUAAGGAUAUCCCCCACAGAUGCCUUAAAACAUAUUUUUAUCAGAGAAGAAGUGGAAAAAUAACGACAAAAAAACGGAAUAAAUGCAGAAAUUUAACAAA